GCAGCACCACAUUUUUCUAAUUAACUAAAUCAAACCGGGUUUCGAGUGUCAUUACAAUGGAGUCUGCUUUGUUAGCUUUCAAGAGACCAUUGAAUGGGGUUGGAGCAAACAAUGCAUCACCAUUGAGAGAGAUGCAUCAAGAGAGCACGGUGCAAAAGAAGGUGAUUCGUAGAAAAGACCGGUGGACAGAUUCAGAGGAACUCAAACUCAAAGACCUCGUAGGGCUUUACGGUCUAGACAAGUGGAAAAUCAUUGCAGAGAAGAUGCAAACAAGAACAAGUAAUAGUUGCAGAAUGAGGUGGUACAACGAGCUCAAUCCAAAGACUAACCAGGCAGAUUUUACUGAGGAUGAAGAUGAAGUGAUCCUUGUAGCUCAAAGAUUAUUUGGUAACAAAUGGUCAAAGAUAGCUAAGCUUCUCGAAGGAAGAACAAACAAUGAUGUGAAGAAUCGUUGGAGAGUACUUGUCACGAACCGAAGCUUCACGAGGCAAUUACAAUCGAAGUUAAGCAAUCUCGCUGCCCUCGUGAGACAACAUCCGCACAAACUUCUUGCUGCUAUGGACGAGUUUCACAACUACCGCAGUAAUAUGCUAAAUGAGGAAACUACUAACCUCCAUGCUCAGUAUCUCCAAGAAGAGAACAAUUCUUCACGCAUGCCAGAGCAACACUCAGGUCAUCAUCAUCACUUCUCUACCAUCUUCCCUGCAGAUCCCUUGGCACUAUUCACGCCUCAUGUUUCCAUCCCUCAACCACCACCACCACCACCAUCAGCACCAUUCUCACUACCAUCACCAGGAGCAGCAGAUGCAAUGACCAGAAAAACCCCAAAAUUUUUCGAUUUUCUCGGGGUCGGAGAUUCUUGAAGAGAUUACUUAAGAACUUUGUAACUGUAACCUUUAAUCCCUAUGAUGAGAACUCUGUGAAACAUCAACAAGGUUGCAUUUUUACAAACAGUGAAAAGCAAGAGUUUGUAUUCCGGUUUCGUAAGGUUAAGAUAAAGUCUGAGAGUGACUAAAUAAAGUGUUUGUUUUUCUAUU